AUGGGAGGAAUGAAAGGUGAGGCGAAUAGGAUUACAAUUCCACCAUUGUUUCCAAGGGUUCAUGUGAAUGACACUGGGAGAGGAGGCUUGUCUCAGCCAUUUGAUGGCAAAUCAAAACGUUACCCUCUUCCUUCUCCGAUCAACAAGAUCUCUGAUUCUCCUUCCACACUCUCUCUGUCUCUUGCUCCACAAGCCAACAACACUACCCAUCUCAAUGGUCGACCUGAAAAGAGUCAGAUUUCACCAGCAUCAAAGUUUGAGGGGAAGGUGAAUCAUCCAAGUGGCAGAGGAUCAUCAGUUACUAAUACUACGCCCAUUUCAAUAAAACAAAAUGAGUACCAUUUCGAGAACCUCACCAACUUGGAUUCUCUUAAGGUUCCUCUUGUUAGACGCUUGGAAACAGAUCCACAAGCAAACACAGAUUUGUCACUCCAGUUUUGUAAUAACAGCAGUAGCAGUAAAGCCCGAGGAGGAGAUGCUGCUGGCUCCAAGGUUUCCCUGAACAAUCUUCAUACUCAAGAAUUUCAUAAUAUGAUGAAAACUCAAUUGUAUAGAAGAAGAUCCCUUGAUGUAUUCGACGUUGAAACUCAAAAGAAGCUCAAAACCGUGCCUCCCCGUGAACAAGAUGUCUCAGACUGUUCUGCCAUAGACUCUUUGUCAACUAUGAGUGCAUCUUCUAAUGAUGUUGCAAGAAUGAUAGGUGACAAGAUGUUCUGGAAGAUGAGAACUUAUAUGAUCAAUCAGCAGAAGAUCUUUGCGGCACAAGUUUUUGAGCUUCAUAGGCUGAUAAGGGUUCAAAAGAUGCUUGCAAAAUCACCAAACUUAGUUCUUGAAAGUAAGUUUAAUGGCCUAAGACGUGGUACAAUGGUUGCUUCAAAGGUUAAGAAACCAAACACUGAGAAUCACAAACCUGUAACUGAAGAAUAUCCAGAGCAUAUGAAACCAAAGCUUCCUCUACCUUCUAUAACCAAAGAGCUCAUGACCCCUAUUUGGCAACAACAUCUACUUCCUCCUCCUGGAAACCAAUGGUUAGUUCCUGUAAUGUCUCCUUCAGAAGGUUUGGUCUAUAAACCAUACGCAGGACCUUGUCCUCCUCCUCCUUCAGCUUUCAUGGUUCCAGCUUAUGGUCAUGAUUCACUCGACACAUCAGCAUUCAGGCUCCCUGUUUCUACUCAGUUUAGCCACAACUACUUCCCACAACCUAACGCUAGGACAACAGUACUUGACCAGACAAACCCGUUUUGUCAGCUUCAGAGAUGGUCUAGCAUGACUCAAGCGAUUCCAUUUUCAUUAAAGAAGUCUCAGGAAUCUAAUGACAGUGAUGUACAUGGAAGUACAGCUUCAAGUCCACCAGAGAAGGAUAAGUUCAAUGUACUUCCUCUGUUUCCUACAGAGCCUACUCAUCACAAUGAUGAGUAUGAGCAGAAACAGCAACCACUGCCUCGUGCCAUUAAAGCCAUUCCUCAUACUUCAACAUCUGCCUCUGAAUCUGCUGCAAGAAUUUUCCGUUCCAUUCAAGAGGAAAGGAGGGACUCAGAUCAUAUGAUUAGUUAG